AUGUCCAAGGCUGCGGUAUGGACAGGUGUCCAUCUCAGGCAUAGUGCCAGCUACAGCUCCAUUGACGACCUUGGCACCCGUGUACCCUACUCCUGUGGGGAGGUCGCCUUUACCUGUACCCUUGUCGCAGCAGCGAGUGGAAGCCCCUACGAACAGCGUAAUGAUACUGCCUGCCAGGCAGUGCCUGGCGACUGA